UUUUGUUUAUGGUCCAGCAAGUGUUUGAUAACACAAAUGAGAUAAUUUUGGGAAGUGGUGAUUCUGGAAUUAUGACCCAAUGAAACGCGAACACGUGAACCUGUCCAGCUCAUGACACAAAUCACAAAUCAUACGAUUCUAGCUAGUUAAUUAAAUCAGGAUCGAACGCAAAAGAAAAGGAAUCGGUUAAGCGUAACCUAUAAAUCUUUGUGCUCCAUUGGUUCUUUAAUAUGAGGCCUUUGUUGUUUCUCAACUUAUUAGCCAUUAGUGCUGUAUCAGGCGGACCCGAAGAAGCAGAAGGUGUAAAAUAUGCAAACAAUUGUGAAGUGUGCAAAGUUGUUGCGCGUGAGUUGGAAAUGAGACUUGACGAGACAGGAAAAUCUCGUGAUGUUCUUGAAAUCGGAUAUUCCAUUGACGAUGUUAUGCCAAAGAAGAAGAAAGAAUAUAGAAAAUCUGAAUUGCGACUAGUAGAAUCGCUGGAAAACAUUUGUGAUCGAAUAUUAGAAUACAAUAUUCACAAAGAACGUGAUGACAGUUCAAGAUUCUCAAAAGGCAUGAGUCAGACUUUCAAAACUUUGCACGGUCUUGUAGAUAAAGGAGUCAAAGUGGAACUAGGCAUACCUUAUGAAUUAUGGGAUAAACCUUCCGUUGAAAUUACAACAUUGAAAAGUCAAUGUGAAGAUCUACUGGAGAAUUAUGAAUCGGACAUAGAAGAUUGGUACUACAACAAUGAGGGUGCUGUGCCUCUCACCCGAUAUCUGUGUUCCGAAAGAGCAUUAAAAGGUGAAGAUGAUUCGUGCUUAAAUGAAAAAGGUGACAGCGGAGAAGUCGAAAAAACAAAAGUCAAAAAACAGAAAAAAAAGAAGGAAGGCAAAGACAACAAGAAAACUUUGAAGGAAAGAUCGAAAAAUACCAAAAUUGAUUUAUAAAAAUAACAAGAACGGAUUUCUGAAACAGCCACCUCAAACAAUAAGACUAGCAUGACAAAUAUGUGUGCCAUAUGCAGAUAUACAGUACUACGUUAUUUUUUAUGAACGAUCCAGGUAUUGAGAAAUUACACACGCGCGCACACACACACA